AUGAACCCAUUGCGCUGGUUCCGAGGCGGUCGACCGCCUCUGCCGCCUGUCGAUGGCGAUACAAUCUACUCGACGCAUUUCAUGGACAACAGGGGCUCUGACGACAUUAUCUGGACCACCACCUGGCAAUUCAACGACGUGCUCGAUGCCGAUAAGUUACACGGCUCACUGUGCCGGCUGCUGGAGAUUGGCGAUUGGAGGAAGCUGGGUGGCCGCUUGAGACGAGGCUCCGGACGCAAGUUGGAGCUGCAUGCUCCUCCCCAGUUCACCCCUGAGCGACCGGCAGUCAACUACUCGCACGAGGUCCUCCACGUCAAGAUGAGAGAGCAUCCUUUGGCGUCCAAGAUCCCUCAGCCAGCCAAGGGUCCAUGCCUCCACUCAUUUGUCGACACGCUGGAGACUACCCGUCCGCUCAUGUACCGGAAAGAUGUGCAGGCCACAAUGGAAGACUACUUUGUCAGCGAUGACCCUUCUCUGUCUUUGCACAUUGUAUCCUUCGAAGACGGCACCAUGGUCUCUUUGACCUGGUCACACCAUCUUUUCGACGCGAUGGGCGUGAGGGCCGUUGUCAAUGCCUGGUCGCUCGUGCUAGCUGGGAGGGAGGCAGAGGUUCCGGCCCUCAACGGAGUUCAUGCUGAUGUUCUGUACGAGGGCCCAGAGAAGGAAUCCCAAGAACAGCGACAGGAGUCUUUACUCGAACCCACACGUCUGAGUGGUUUCCGCCUCCUCGUAUUCGCCUUUUACUACUUUUGGGACCAGAUAUGGGGCAGCAAGCUGGAGAUGAGGCUUCUCUUCCUGCCCAAAAGGACGCUUGAGAAUCUGCACACCCAUGUCGUUCAAGAUAUAGCAUCAGUUUCCGAUAAUGAGGGCGAGGCGCCAUGGGUCAGCGAAAGUGACGCUCUCUUAUCAGUGUACACCAAAGCCGUCAGCGGAUCUCAACCAAAGCCCCGGCCAAUCCUUCUUAUGAACUAUAUGGAUUUGCGAGGACGGUUUCCUGGUGUAAGCAAGACAGAGGGGCUCUCCUAUGUCCAAAACAUGCUAGCGGAGUGUUUUACAACCAUAUCGCCUACUUUAGCUCACUCCUCGAUGGGUACAAUUGCAUUGGCCUGUCGUAAGUCACUGCAACAGCAAUCCACUCCAGGGCAAUUGGCCGCUCUUAUGCGCAUCAUGCGGAAGUGCUGGGAUUCCGGUGAGGACCCCAUGAUUCUUUCCGGGCCCCCGAAUGGAGAGCUGCUGGUGUCGACGAACUGGGCCCGCGGCGCCUUCUUCCACGUAGCUCAGUUCGGGCCCGCGGUUGUGAAGCAGGGGGAGAACGACAGUACGAGGUCGAACCCUUUGGGGAGUCCUCGAUUCUAUUAUGCCCUACCUCUGAACAUGACGCGGGGGGCAAAUGCCGGUGUUAAUUUGGGCAAAGAUCACAAUGGAAACGUGUGGAUAAUGGGCAGUUUCAAUGCAAAGGCCUGGGAUUCUAUCAUGACGCAACUUCAACAAUAUUGA